AGCGAGCGACCAGCGGCUCUCUGCAGGUGGAGGACUGGGGGCUGAACAUGGAGAUCUGUGACAUCAUCAACGAAACAGAUGAAGGGCCCAAAGAUGCAGUCAAAGCUAUAAAGAAGAGAAUUGUUGGAAACAAAAACUUCAGAGAGAUCAUGCUGGCUCUUACCGUUCUUGAGACCUGCGUGAAGAACUGUGGCCACCGCUUUCACGUUCUGGUGGCCACCCAGGACUUUGUUGAGGGGGUUUUGGUCCGUUCCAUUUUGCCCAAAUACAACCCCCCCACUGUCCUCCAUGACCGCGUUCUCAGCCUCAUACAG